CUACGGGUGGAGGCUCGCGCGGCCCCGAGGUUGUGGAGGGUAGGUGCGAGGCGGACGGGAGGAGCCUAGAGUAGGGGACGGAGGUGCAAUGCCCGGGCUGGCCUCGGGGGACCUGGAAGACGGCGGGAGGGGCGUGUGCAGGGAGACCGGCAGCUUCCGCCUGCCGAGUCGGGGGACCGUUGUUUCUCCUCGGCUCGGCCUCCUGUUGGCCUCGUAUCUCUAGCUGUGUGACCUGAAGCGAGAUUGCAGCACCAGAACUGUCCAUUUCCGAAAAACAGGGACGGUAAUCGCCCUUGUCAGUCGUCCUCGGGCCAGGCAAGGGGUCUCUUCUUGAACCUGGAGCAUACUGAUUGGCUAGACUGGCUGGCCACCAAGUUCUUCCUUCUUCCCCCAAUCCUGCCUCUAGGUUUGGGAUUACAGCUGUGUUUGUGUGACUGCCUCACUAGGCCAUGGAGGAAGAGGAUGUGCUCAGCCUUGAUGAGCUGGGGUGUGUGUGGAGUCUCAUUUUCUAGCCCAGACUAGCCUGGAGCUCACUGUGUAGACCACUCUGGUCUCAGACUUGCUGCAUUUCUCCAGCUGGAAUUUAACCUUGUUGAAUAAGUAUAUAUCAUAAAAAAAUGGAUGAAGAACCUGAAAGAACUAAGCGGUGGGAAGGAGGCUAUGAGAGGACAUGGGAAAUUCUUAAAGAAGAUGAAACUGGAUCACUUAAAGCUACAAUAGAAGAUAUUCUCUUCAAGGCAAAGAGGAAAAGAGUGUUUGAGCACCAUGGACAAGUUCGACUUGGGAUGAUGCGCCACCUUUAUGUGGUGGUGGAUGGAUCGAGAACAAUGGAGGAUCAAGAUUUAAAGCCCAAUAGACUGACAUGUACUUUGAAGUUAUUGGAAUACUUUGUAGAAGAAUAUUUUGAUCAAAAUCCUAUCAGUCAGAUUGGAAUAAUUGUAACUAAGAGCAAAAGAGCUGAAAAACUCACUGAACUCUCAGGAAACCCAAGGAAACACAUAACAUCUUUGAAGAAAGCUGUGGAUAUGACCUGCAAUGGAGAACCAUCACUCUACAAUUCCUUAAGUAUGGCUAUGCAAACCCUGAAACACAUGCCUGGACAUACAAGUAGAGAAGUCCUAAUCAUCUUCAGCAGCCUUACAACUUGUGAUCCAUCUAAUAUUUAUGAUCUCGUCAAGACCCUGAAGACAGCUAAAAUUAGAGUGUCUAUUAUUGGAUUGUCUGCGGAGGUUCGAGUUUGUACUGUACUUGCUCGUGAAACUGGUGGCACAUACCAUGUUAUCUUAGACGAAACCCAUUACAAAGAGUUGUUAGCACAUCACGUGAGCCCUCCUCCUGCCAGCUCGAGCUCCGAAUGCUCACUUAUUCGAAUGGGAUUCCCUCAGCAUACCAUUGCGUCUUUGUCUGAUCAGGAUGCAAAACCAUCCUUCAGCAUGGCGCAUUUGGAUAAUAGCACUGAGCCAGGGCUUACAUUGGGAGGCUAUUUCUGUCCACAGUGUCGGGCAAAGUACUGUGAGCUUCCUGUUGAAUGUAAAAUAUGUGGUCUUACUUUGGUGUCUGCUCCUCAUUUGGCACGAUCUUAUCAUCAUUUAUUUCCUUUGGAUGCUUUUCAAGAAAUCCCCCUAGAAGAAUAUAAAGGAGAAAGAUUUUGCUAUGGAUGUCAGGGGGAAUUGAAAGACCAACAUGUCUAUGUCUGCACAGUGUGCCGAAAUGUUUUCUGUGUGGACUGUGAUGUUUUUGUUCAUGACUCUCUCCACUGUUGCCCUGGCUGUAUUCAUAAGGUCCCAUCUCCUUCAGGUAUUUGAUUUCAACAUGUGGGACACACAUUGAGUGGGUUAAAAAAAUCCAAAACUUGUAACUGUAAAUAAAAUGAUGCUUUAA